CCAUGUACCUAUUGCCUUCUACUGAGGAGAGAAUGAUGAUGGAUGAUGGUGGCGAUGAACGGUAUGGUGGAUAUUAUCCAGCUUACAGAUGCACAGCGGUAGUUACAUCUCAUCGAAAACACCCGGCCAUCCCGGUGUCGAUCGGCAUUGCGUCGAUCGUACUCGAAGGCCGCCCAGCAAUCCUUGACGAGGGUUCGGCGCGUUCGGGCGAUAGCUCAACCGCCGGAAGUGGUCCAGGCGGCGGAGGUGGUGGAGGAGGAGGUGGAGGAGGAUCUUCUGACGAAGAUGGCGGGUUUCGUAGAUCUGUGGACAACGGAAGCAGACACUACAAUUUUGUGGAAACAGCAGAGUGUGCGGGUGAAUUGCUAGUUAACGAACGGCCGCAGUCGUUCAUGUCCGAUACGGCCCAGCGGAUCAAUCUGAAACUACAGCAAAUUCGCGCCUGCCCCGGUUCGAGCAAGGAUGUCGUUGAAAACAUGAUCGCUGUAGAAGUGGCCGGUUCGUCCGGUAUGGGGCGUCGUAACAACGAUCGAGACGAAUACGCCGGAUAUGGAGUGGAAACGUUCGUGCGGGAAUCGCAUCCCACUGAAACGACAUCCUUGCUGACGAGCGCCAAGGCAUGGGGUCGUGAUCAUAUCUACAGUGGGUUCGAAAAAAUGAAGAUAUUAGGUGCCGUAUCGCCGAUCAAGGUUCCCCCGUCUGCAGCUACGCCAUUUAUCAGCUUUUCGUCGAAUGUGAACAGAAAGAAAUCCGAUGCCGGUAUUGGAAGUUCAUCUCCAGCAGCCGGUUGCAGCAAGCAGCGUACCCGGGAGGGACCCCACUGUGAACAGUUUCUCAAGAAAAUUGGAGUGAUCAAGGUGGACCCCAAUGACGAAGCGGAGCACAGCUGCAGCUACCGCAACGAAUUUUGUCUUCGUUGGCAGGCGUAUUUUAAACAGCUCUCGUCAAUUCUUACUUGUGGUGAAGCAAUCUGUAUAGAAGUGUAUCUUGGACCGGAAAAUCAUGCCAUUCUACUGAACAAUGGAUUUUGAAGCUUAAAUUGAAAACAUCUGAAUCAACGAUGACCCUACAAUCGCUCUGUGCUGCCAUCCGUAGUCAAUUAUAUUUUUCGCAGAUAUCCGCCUGGACUGAUUUGAUAAAGAAUUCGCUCGAACCGGAAAUUUUCAAAACAAUCCACGUAUCAAAAAAGUGUCCGUCGAUGAACUGGGAGCAUCGGUCAGUGCACCGAUCCCAAUCAGCAGUAGCAGCAGUAGUAGCAGUAGCGGGAGCCACAAUGGAGGAGGUACCUCGCGUUGGUUUUGCCGAAAGCGAAACUGGACAUCCUGUUUCGCAUCCGCGGUUACGACAACACUGCCUGCUUUAACGAUAGUCCCAAUGUGCACAAAUUUCCCGGAUGCCAUCAUAGCAGAAAAUUAUGUCAUAGAAGUAUGCUUGAAGAGCUUACCGCGCCUGGAACGGAUACCGAGCAUCAACGAUGAAAUGGAUAUGAAAAUGGAUGAAAGCUUAGUAAAUGAUCGAAUGGAUUGCCGUGUCACGAGAAAGGGGAAGCACAGGUGUGCUUUCCGGGACGAGGACGAGGAAGAUCCCCAAACGGGAGAAGACGAUAUGUCUCCUGCUGCGGUUAGUCAUCGAGAGAAACAGCUGAUGAAGUACAAGAAACGUAUGAUGAAGCGCGAGAAGAAGAAAAAGUCCUCUGCACCGGAAGUGACUUCAACGGCCAGCAAUGGCAGUAGCAGUAGUCAUGUUGAAGCGGUGCCUAUGAUGGUUACCCCACCUGUGUGUAAAAUCACCGGCCCUGAAUAUCCCAGCUGUGAAUCAUCACGCCAGCAACUGCAGCAGCUCCUCGCCGUAUACCUCGUCGAUCAAUCUGAUUCAACCUCCACUGUACUCGAAUUGCGAUGAUCUGUACCAACCAGCCUUGUGCGCCAGCAACAACACGAAAGCAACUCAGACUGCCAUCUUCCUCAGCAGCAUGUCCAACAGCGGUAACAACGUUGCAACAGUGGCCCACCCAGACGGAUGCGAGUGGGUGUUGCUGUCUUUGUGCCGAACAGCAACCCGGAGUCGGACCCUGGUCAUAGAUCAACGAGCACAAACAGUGAUAGCAAAAUGCAAUAUAUUAAUAGUAAUUAUAAUCGUCGUGAUUACACUAGUGAUGACUGUGAUAUUAGCCACCAAGAGGUGGCGGCCGUGGUCCAUGAUGAGCAGUCAAAGCGCCAUCAUACGGAAGAAGAAUCCAAAGGUCUUCGGAAGGCCGAGCUGCUCCUGCAGGCCAUUCAAAGGACAGCCAUCAUUAAUGACCACCAGCAACCGGAUGUGGCACAUUUCAGUAACAAUAAUUACUAUAGUGGCAGUUACAAUGAUAAUAACAAUACUGGUAGUGAUACAGCAAAGUGUGAGCGAAGAGAAUGUGAUACUUUUACUUUCAGUAAGGAUGCCCUAGACUUAGGUGACUGUCGUUUGUGCAAACGACAAAAAACGAAGCAUAAUUUUAAGUUAGCUCUCAACAAGUCGGAUAGCAGCAGCCUGUAGUAGCAGUACCAGCAGCAGUACCAACAAUAGUCCUCCCGGUUGCCGUCGAACGCUAUCGGAGAGCCUGGUCGGCCAUUUCACCAUACCAUCCUCAUCGCCGGGUGGUGACGAUGAAACCGACUCGGCCUCUUACCACGCCCACGGAUUCGACGGGCGUCACAAGAGCCACAGUGGGAAGGACGUUGGUGAUCUCAGCGCCGCUCUCAGCAGUUCGGCUGGGGCGGUCGUCGAUAGCUUUGAGCAGCUGAAGAAAGGCUACCGUCGCGCUUUCUCGGAGGAUGUCAUCGACACCAUCGAUUUGAACGGUGUACUCGGAAUUCAAGGGACCUCCUCCGCCGGUAUCCCGAAUGACGGCGACGGUGAUGAGGACGAUGAUGAUGAUGAUGGGGAACAGGAACAAAACGAUGCCACCUUCUCAAACUGUGAAUGCCCGAUCAUGUUCGCCCAACCGUCACCGGUUGACCAUCUGGGGCGCCGUCCUUCCCCGUUUACCGCACCGAACGUUAAUCGGAUGCAGACAUCUACACCUGCCAGCAGUACAAGCAAGCUUCCUCUCUACGUCAGCUGUACGGACAGCGAUUACUUCCGUUAGCACGGCCAGCAGCAUAUCACCGCAUAAGAAACAGAUACUCAGCUGCACCGCAGUGGCCGGCAACUCGCGCCCCGGCAGUAAACCGUCGUCGUCGUCUUCCUCGAAUUUUACCAUCCCAAAAAUUAACCUUACCAAUGUUUUCAACGUGUCACCCUUGGCUCGGGAGGAUUCCGGCUUCGUCAGCAGUUCCAGCCCGAUUCCCAUCGAUGGGAGUGUGUUCAACUUUCCGGAUUCCACGCACCGAUUGAACGUACAAAAAUCCAACUCUGCUCCCACAUGCCAACUAUCACCGGGAUCAUUGUCGCCAAGAUUCCUGCGUCACGCUUACAAAAACCAACGUACACGGCUAUCUAUCGGAACGCAGCUCUGUUUCCGAACGUUCGUCCAUAGGGUCCGAUGAACAAUUCUCCGACGAAGAGUAUCCCUAUCUAAUGGACUUUACCAGCAGCUCUUGUAACGGCAGCAACUUUCAUCUUAGUCCCAGCAAACUGCCCAGUUCACCGUUGAAGCUCAACCUUGCGCAACGCCCGUUCAGCAAACCU